AAUUUCAAUGUGUGUUUGCGCAAAGGAAAAGAAACUCACAAAAACGAAACACACAUUAAAACAAAUCAACAAAAAAAAAAAGACACGAAACGAAACGCAAGAAAUACGAAUCACAGAUAGACAGAUAGAUAGAGAGGGAGAGACAUAGAGAGAGAGAAAAUCGAAAAGAUUGUGGCAAUUCCCCAUUCCCAGCCAAUAACAGAUAUCCAGGGCAAAUAAUAACAACAAAAUAAAAGAGCACACACACACACACACAAACGCAUACACAGACUGACAAACACAUAAAAGUUUCUUUCACUAAAUUAAAAGUAAAAAAAGAAGAAAAAUCAAAAAUUAUCUAUCAACCAUUCUCCCAUCCCUCACCCAUCGACAACGACGAAGACGACGACGACAACUCUGCGCUUCCAGGCCCAAGUCAUUUGCUAUCAGUAAUUGAAUAUAUGUACAUAUAUAUAGAAAAAAAUAUAUACACAAGAUCUAGACGAGGCUUAUCUGUAUUGGGAGGGCUUCCCCGGACCUUGAGAGCAUGCUGCAUUGAGUAAGGUCGGAGAGUAGAGGAUUGGAUUGGACUGGAUUUGAUUGGAUCAUGAUGUCUUCAUCGUCAUCAUCGUCGACAGCAGCCACAACACAGACGCAAACCAAUGCAGAGGAGGAGAACCUGUUGCGUGGCCUCAAUAAGUUGAGGACAGAAGAUAAGCUAACCGAUGUCACUCUUCUCGUGGAGGAUCAUCGGUUUAAGGCCCAUCGCGUGGUAUUGGCGGCCAGUAGUGAUUACUUUUGCGCCAUGUUUGCGGACAGUGCCAUGAUCGAAUCACGUAAAGAUGAGAUUACCCUCUAUGGGAUUACGGCCCGUGCAAUGUCUGCCAUUAUUGAUUAUAUAUACACAUCGAUGUUGGAUCUAAAUGUCGACAACAUUGAAGAGAUUCUGGCAGCAGCCACACAUGUCCAGGUGAAGGAGGUCAUCGAGCGUUGCACCUUCUUCCUGGAGCAUAAGAUUUGCAUGGAUAAUUGCUUGGCCAUUGCCGGCAUGGCUGAUAUCUAUGGCCAGAUGGCAUUAACGGAGCGUGCCUAUCGUUUUAUGUGCGCCCAUUUCAAGGAGUUUGCAGCCACAACGGAUUUCCGUGAUCUCAAGGUGGAGCAAUUGCGUUUUAUACUAUCGAGUAACUAUCCCAUCGAUGUCACCGAGCAGGAGCUAAUGCGUUUGGUCUGCAGCUAUGGCAUGGAACAGCAACUGGAGGAAUCAGUGCUGCAGGAGCUCUUCCAUUUGAUACAAUGGCCACAUAUAAGCUAUAACACAUGGCUGGAUGAGCUGCAGCAAAUGAAUUUCGCCCUGGAGGAGGGCAAACAGUUGCCAUUGCCAGCGGAUUAUUAUCAGUUAAUCAAUGGUUUGCUCAAGCGUCAACAAAUGCGUCAAAAGAUGCGCCGUGAGCAGACGGAGAAGCCAUUGCAAGGCCCAUUGAAUAUGCGGGGCAUGGAGUUGAGUCUCCUGAAGAUCGGUGGUUUCGAAUGGAAGGGUUUGACCAAUGAAAUAAUGUGCUUCUCGCCAAGUAAAAUGAAGUGGUAUGAAUUGACCUCCAUACCUCAUAUAGAUCAAUGUAACUUUGGCACUGCCGUCCUUAAUAACGAGCUCUUCAUUGUGGGCGGUGCCUAUGAUGUGUGUCUCAAGGAGUAUAUCCAUCCAUUUGGGUUUCGCUAUUGCCCGUUGAGGGACUCCUGGGUAACCAUAGCACCCAUUCAAUUGGAUCGCUGUCGUUUCUCAUUGAAUGCCGUGGGCAAUAAGCAUCUUUAUGCUGUCGGCGGCAUUGUCGAGCACGAUGACAAUUCGGAGGAGGCACUGCGUCGUAUCUCGAAUGUGGAACGCUAUGAUAUAGAUACAAAUGUCUGGACAUAUAUGCCAAGUCUUCAGGAGAAUCGUAGUCAGCAUGCUGGAGUUGUUAUUGGCGAUAAAUUGUAUAUAUCAGGCGGCAUCUAUAUGGCAACCAUUCUAUCGAGCACCUGGUGCUUCGAUACAAAAACGGAACUGUGGCAGGAGCUGGCUCCGAUGCCAACGCCGUGCUGUGAUCAUGUAUUGGUGGCCAUUGAUAAUCGUAUUUAUGCCUGCGGUGGUUGGCAUGAGAAUCUCACCGAAUCCCGUUGCCUUGUCCAGCAUAUCUAUGCCUAUGACGUGAAGGCCAAUACAUGGAGUGUGGAAACUAAAAUACCAGCUCCUAAAUUCUAUUCCGGUGUCACUGUGAUGCGUCGCACUAUAUUCUUUGUGGGUGGGCUCGAUUCGACCGAAUCGAUUGAUCGUGCCAGCUCCGAGACAAUGGCCUAUGACUUGGAUAGCAAGAAUUGGUGGCAUCGCAAAGACUCAUGGGAUACGCCCAACGAUGUAUGGGAAUCGACAUGUGCUGCCAUUUAUGUGCCCACUGUUGACUCAUGACUCGAGAGAGAGAGAGGCAACAACAAGUAGAUUAUGAAUCUCCCACAACUGCUCCGUCUCACCGAUCAUCAUGAUCAUGCUCGUCAUCGUCGUCGUCGUCGUCGCAAUCGUCCUCAUCAUUUGCUACUUGGUCCUCAACGAAUUUAGUAUCCGAAUUUUAGUUUGUAAAACGUUUAGCUUAAAUUUCAUCCCAGACGCAAAACUAUUUAUAUACUAUAUACAUACAUAUAUAUACAAACAUUCAUUAUGUACAUACAUAGAGAGAUAUUUGUUAAGAUGAAUGGAGUCUAUUUUUUUUUUGAUAAUGAUAAAAAAUUUGUUGUAAACUGUCCUUGCAAAUAAUAAAAAGCCUUAGGCAGAGUCUCUUCUGCCCUUUGAUUAAA